UUUAUAAAAAAUCGUUAAUAUUUUUAUUAAAUUAUUUUAAGAAGUAUAAAUAAAUCAUUAUUAUUUUAUUAGAUAUGUUUUUUUUUAUUUUAUUUUAGUUAACUCAUUUUCUUUAAAAAUAAUUAAUUUUAAUUAUUUUUAUGUUUGAUUUUUUUUAUUGGGAUUGACUAUGGAUACAGUUGGUGUUGAUUUUUUAGCUCAAAUUCAAGAAGGUCAGUUGUAUAAAUAUACUAAUGUUGUUAAAGGAUGGCAACAUAGAUGGUUUAUUUUAGAUCCAAAAGGAGGAACCUUAUGCUAUUAUUUGAGUGAAAAUGAUACAAAACAACAGCCGAGAGGGUGUAUUCAUUUAGAAUCUGCAGUAAUUUCACCUAGUGAAGAAGAUUCUAAUACAUUCAGUGUUAAUUCUUGGACAGGAGAAUGUUAUAAACUGAGAGCUGCAGAUGCUCGUGCUAGACAAGAUUGGGUAAAUCGUUUAAGAGCUACUGCUGAAUAUCAUUCACAAAAAAAUGUUCAGGUUGGGUUGACAGAUUCAAGAAGUAGUCAAGUUACAGAUUUUUGUCCAAGUGGAAUGAAAAGAUCAUUGGCUAAUGCACGACAGUAUUUAUCGCAAGCUGAAAAUAGUUUUGUUGAUAUUGUACGAAUUAUAGAAAAAUUGCCAUCUCAAGGUACGCGAUUGAAGAGUACAGACCCAGAUUUGUUAAUAAUGAAAGCUACUACACAAUCAAUGAUGUGUGCUUUAGAAAAUUGUUAUAAAAUACUUCAACAAUCCAGCAUUGAGAAACCAAUUGUUCGAACUUAUUCCUUUUUAAACUCAAAACCAUCAUUAUCUUCAACCCAUUCUAAAAGAAAAAGUCACUCUCAAAGUAAUUAACAGCUAGGAAUGUUACAAUUAUAUGUAUUGUAUGCUGUGAUGUAUUAAUUUUAUCAUACAAACAUUUAAAUUUAUUAUUACAAUUAAUUUUAUUAUUAUUUCAACAUAUUAACUAUUUUACUACUUUAUUAUUGUCUUUCAUAAAUUAUUCAAAUAAUAAUUCCUUAGAAUAAUUAUUUUAUGAUAUGCUGAAGGGUACUCUAUUUAUAAAUUAUGAUAGUUUAUUUAUAAUUAGUGAUAAUUUAAUGAUGGAUUUAAGAACAUAUGAAUUUGUUUUCUAAUACAUCAAUAUCUAUUAGUAUUCGUUUUACAAUAAAAUUAAAAUAUUGUGA